UUCAGGAGAAAUGAAGCAAAGAAAGAGUCAAAUUAGACUUCAGUCUCUCUCUCUUGUUCUCUUUCUCUCUCUACUCCUGCUUGUCUCCCUCCAUUGAUGAUGAUGAUGAUGAUGUUCUUCUUCUGCAGAAACUGUUAAAAUUUCACCCAAAAGAAUUGUUUGGCGAAUUUUACAAUUGGUUCAAAUUUUGUCCAGCUAUGUGAAAAAUGGGGGUUUUCCAGCUUGUAAAUUGUUAAAGUUUAACCUAGGAGAGCAACAGAGGAGCUGAAUUUGGCAGCAUUGGGGGAAAUUUUUCGGCCACGGAAGCAAGAAGAGUUUCAAAGUGGAGCGUUGUUGCCAAUGUCAAAAUCUGCUUCCCCUGAAUUGAGGGUCGGGAAGGUUUUAUUCUCUUCUCAGAAGAACAGUGAGGCCAAUGGAACUGCUGAAAUGGAUGAUCAAGAAAAGACAAUGUCAACGGUUGCUCAACUUAUUGAGCAGCUGCAUGCAAAUAAAUCUUCCCCACAUGAAAAAGAACUUACUACAGCACGCUUGCUCGGCAUAGCCAAAGCAAGAAAGGAAGCACGAGGUCUUAUUUGUUCACAUGGCCAAGCAAUGCCAUUAUUCAUAUUCAUUCUCAGAAAUGGCACUCCUUUGGCAAAAGUAAAUGUUGCUGCAACCUUAUCUAUGUUAUGUAAAGAUAAAGACUUAAGGUUGAAGGUUCUUCUAGGUGGAUGUAUUCCACCUCUACUUUCAGUUUUGAAGUCGGAUUCCACUGAAGCAAGGAAGGCAGCUGCAGAAGCAAUUUUUCAAGUGUCAUCUAGUGGCCUUUCAGAUGAUCCUAUUGGCACUAAAAUAUUUGUUACUGAGGGUGUAGUACCAACUUUGUGGGAGCAACUUAACCCAAAGCAGAAGCAGGAUAAAACAGUAGAAGGAUUUGUGACUGGGGCCUUGAGAAAUCUCUGUGGUGAUAAAGAUGGAUAUUGGAAGGCAACACUUGAGGGUGGUGGAGUUGACAUUAUUUUAGGACUUCUUUCUUCUGAUAAUGCUGCAGCUCAAUCAAAUGCAGCUUCGCUGUUGGCCCAAGUAAUGUUGGCACUCAGUGACAGCAUUCCCAAAAUAAUUGAUUCUGGAGCAAUCAAAGCUCUUCUAGGCCUCUUACAUCAGAAAAAUGAUGUGUGUGUUCGUGCCAGUGCAGCUGAGGCUCUAGAGGUUCUUUCUCUCAAAUCAACCAAAGCAAAGAAAGCUGUUGCUGACUCACAAGGUGUGCCAAUUCUCAUAGAGGCUGUCGUAGCUCCAUCCAAAGAAUGUAUGCAAGGCGAAGGAGGAGAGCUUCUGCAGUGGCAUGCGAUACAAGCUUUAUCCAAUAUAUGCGGUGGAAUGUGUGCCCUCGUGCUGUAUCUUGGUGAACUUUCUCAGUCCCCAAGAUUAGCUGCUCCUGUUGCUGAUAUAAUUGGAGCACUUGCUUAUGCUCUUAUGAUCUUUGAGCUCAAUGCAGAAGAACGUUUUGACGCAACAAAGGUUGAGAAUAUUCUAAUAAUGCUUCUAAAGCCGCGGGAUAAUAAGUUGGUCCAGGAACGUCUCCUUGAGGCAAUGGCAAGUCUUUAUGGCAAUGCUCAUCUGUCAACUCUCGUCCACCAAUCAGAAUCUAAGAAGGUUCUUACUGGCCUUAUAACAAUGGCCAGUGGUGAUGCACAAGAGUAUCUGAUACUCUCUUUAAUACAGUUAUGUUGUGAUGGAGUGAGUAUCUGGGAUGCAAUUGGAAAGAGAGAAGGAAUUCAGUUACUGAUAUCACUGCUGGGGUUAUCCAGUGAACAACAUCAAGAGUAUGCUGUUGAGAUGUUUGCAAUCCUAACUGACCAAGUUGAUGACAGCAAGUGGGCAAUCACUGCUGCUGGUGGGAUUCCACCACUUGUUCAGUUACUAGAAACGGGGUCUCAGAAGGCUAAGGAAGAUGCAGCACAUGUUAUGUAUAACCUGUGCUGCCAUAGUGAAGACAUUCGUGCCUGUGUUGAAAGUGCUGGAGCUAUACACUCGUUCUUGUGGCUUCUAAAAAAUGGUGGACCAAAGGGACAAGAAGCAUCAGCUAGAUCCCUAACAAAACUAAUCACUACUGCUGACUCGGCUACUAUAAAUCAAUUGCUACUGUUGCUGAAGGGAGAUUCACCAAGCUCAAAGGCCCAUGUAAUUAAGGUGUUAGGUCAUGUGCUUACCAUGGCAUCUCAGAGUGACCUUGUACAUAAAGGGGCUGCUGCUAACGAAGGGCUAAAAUCACUUGUCCUAGCUCUGAAUUCCUCAAAUGAAAAGACUCAAGAAUAUGCUGCCUCUGUCUUGGCAGACCUAUUCAGCAGUCGGCAUGAUAUUUGUGACAGUCUCGCAGUGGAUGAAGUGGUUAAUCCUUUCAAGAAGCUUUUGACUAGCAAAACUCCAGUUGUUGCAACACAGUCAGCUCGAGCCUUGGGUGCUUUGUCCCGUCCAACAAAAGAAAAAUCUACAAAUAAGAUGCUUUAUAUUGCUGAAGGAGACGUAAGACCACUGAUUAAGUUGGCUAAAACUGCAUCUAUUGAUUCUGCAGAGACUGCAAUGGCUGCUUUAGCCAAUCUGUUGUCUGAUCCAGAGAUAGCUGCGGAAGCACUGGCUGAAGAUGUUGUUUCAGCUUUUACCCGAGUUCUAGGAGAAGGAUCAUUAGAAGGUAAGAAAAAUGCAUCACGUGGCUUUCAUCAAGUAUUGAGGCAUUUUCCUGUGGGAGAUGUACUGACGGGAACUGCUCAGUGUCGAUUUGCUGUUCUCGCUAUUGCAGAAUCCUUAAAAGCAAUGAGUGCAGAUGGAACUGAUGCUGCAGACGCCUUAGAUGUUAUUGCACUUCUUGCUAGGGCAAAGCAAGGCACACAUUCGACAUACAACCCCUGGUCUACCCUUGUUGAAGUUCCAUCUAGUUUAGAGCCUCUUAUACAUUGCCUAUGUGAGGGAUCUCCAGUGGUACAAGAUAAAGCAAUAGAAAUUCUAUCCAGGCUCUGUGGAGAUCAACCAGUUGUGCUAGGUGACCUGUUAGUGUCAAGAUCCAGGUCAAUAGGUGCAUUGGCUGAUAGAAUAAUGAACUCUAGCAGCCUAGAAGUAAGUGUUGGUGGGACAGCAUUGGUUAUUUGUGCUGCCAAGGAACACAAAGUUCAGUCAAUGGAUGCACUUUAUGCAUCUGGGUACUUGAAACCUCUUAUAUAUGCAUUAGUUGAUAUGAUGAAGAAAAACUCUAACUGUUCUUCUCUAGAAAUUGAAGUCAGAACCCCUAGGGGUUUCACAGAAAGAACUCCAUUUGGGGAAGGAAAUGAGUUUGAGGUUCCAGAUCCAGCAAUGGUCUUGGGUGGUACUGUUGCCCUUUGGCUGCUAUCAAUAAUUUCAUCAUUUCAUAUAAAUAGCAAGUCCACUGUUCAGGAAGCGGGGGGACUUGAGGCUCUUGCUGACAAGCUUGCAAGACACACUUACAAUCUACAGGCAGAGUUUGAAGAUGCAGAGGGCAUGUGGAUCAGUGCUUUGCUUUUGGCUAUUUUAUUCCAAGAUGCCAAUAUAGUAUCCUCUCCAACAUCCAUGCGUUUUAUACCCUUGCUUGCACAUCUUCUGAAAUCUGAUGAAAUGAUUGAUCGAUUUUUUGCUGCUCAGGCAAUAGCUAGUCUUGUUCGUCAGAGGGACAAGGGAAUAAAUCUUACUAUUGCGAAUUCAGGUGCAAUUGCUGGUUUAGUGAGCUUGAUUGGUCACAUUGAAAUCGAUAUGCCGAAUCUUGUUUCUCUCUCUGAAGAAUUUUUAUUGGUAAGAAACCCUGAUCAGGUUGCCCUGGAAUAUCUUUUUGAAAUUGAUGAUGUGAGAGUUGGUUCAACUGCGCGCAAGACUAUCCCUCUACUGGUAGAUCUGUUAAAACCACUGCCUGAUAGACCAGGUGCACCUCCAUUGGCUGUGUGUCUCUUGAUACAAAUUGCAGAUGGUAACGAUGCAAACAAAUUAAUCAUGGCUGAAGCGGGGGCGCUGGAGGCUCUAACGAAGUACCUAUCUUUGAGUCCUCAAGACUUGACUGAGGCAACUAUUUCUGAGCUACUGAGAAUACUCUUCAGCAAUUCUGAUCUUCUCCAGUAUGAAGCAGCAGUUAGUUGCACGAUACAACUGAUUGCUGUUCUUCAUUUGGGGUCAAGAAAUGCAAGGCUGAGUGCUGCUAGGGCUUUAAAUGAACUUUUUGAUGCUGAGAACAUCCGAGAUUCUGAAACAUCAAUUCAAGCCAUUCAGCCAUUAGUUGACAUGCUUGAUGCUGCAUUAGAAAGUGAAAAGAAAGUUGCUCUUAGCGCCUUGGUUAAGUUGACAUCAGAAAGUGAUUCAAAAGCAUCACUGAUGGCUGAUCUAGAAAGGAAUCCCCUUAAGAGUCUACAUAAGAUUCUUUCUUCAGCUUCUCCAUUGGAACUGAAAAGUGAUGCUGCUGAGCUAUGCUUUGUACUUUUUGGUGAUCCAAAAAUCAGAGCAUUGCCGAUUGCUUCUGAAUUUGUAGAUCCCCUAGUAAUGCUAAUGCAAUCUGAUGCAGAACGGGCUGUGGAAUCAGCAGUUUGUGCUUUUGAGAGCUUGUUGGAUGAUGAGCAGCUGGUGGAGCUUGCAUCAGCUUAUGAUCUUGUUGAUCUUCUGGUUCAUCUGAUUUGUAGCUCAAACCACCGGCUCAGCGACGCGAGUAUUUGUGCACUUAUUAAGUUGGGUAAAGACCGAACUCCCCGCAAGAUGGAUAUGGUCAAAGCAGGCAUAAUAGAAAAUUGCCUUGAGCUGCUCCCAACUGCAUCCAGUUCCCUAUGCUCCACUAUUGCAGAACUCUUCCGCAUAUUGACAAAUAGUAGUGCUAUUUCGAAAAGCACAUCUGCUGCAAAAAUUGUAGAACCUCUCUUUAUGGUUUUACUACGGUCAGAUAUUGGACUGUGGGGACAGCACAGUGCUUUGCAGACUCUUGUAAAUAUUCUAGAGAAGCCACAAAGUCUUUCAACUCUGAAUCUUUCUCCUAGCCAGGUAAUUGAGCCUCUGAUUUCCUUUCUUGAAUCACCAUCUCAAGAUAUCCAGCAACUUGGAACCGAAUUGUUAUCUCACCUCCUUGCACAAGAGCAUUUUAAGCAGGAUAUAACUACAAAAAAUGCUGUAGUGCCUCUUGUGCAGCUAGCAGGCAUUGGUAUUUUGAACUUGCAACAGACGGCAAUUAAAGCUUUGGAAAAUAUCUCAUUAAGCUGGCCAAAAGCAGUUGCUGAUGCUGGCGGUAUUUUUGAGCUUGCAAAGGUUAUUGUUCAAGACGACCCUGUACCGCCUGCAUUGUGGGAGUCAGCAGCUAUGGUUCUCUGCAAUGUCCUAUGCUCUAACUCUGAUUACUACUUCAAAGUUCCCCUGGUGGUUCUUGUAAAGAUGCUGCGUUCAACAGUCGAGACCACCAUUACUCUUGCACUAGAUGCACUUAUAGUUCAUGAAAAGGCCGAUAUUUCAUGUGCGGAACUGAUGGCUGAAGCAGGCGCAGUUGAUGCCCUUCUGGAUCUGCUAAGAUCUCACCAGUGUGAAGAAGCAUCGGGAAGAUUACUUGAAGCCCUUUUCAACAAUGUCAGGGUACGACAGCUGAAGGUAUCUAAGUACGCAAUUGCUCCUCUGGCACAAUAUUUGUUGGAUCCACAAUCUAGAUCGCAAUCUGGUAGGCUUCUUGCAGCUCUUGCUCUUGGUGAUCUCUCCCAGCAUGAAGGACUAGCUAGAUCGAGUGAUUCUGUCUCAGCCUGUCGAGCUCUGAUAAGCUUACUUGAAGAUGAACCAACAGAAGAAAUGCAAAUGGUGGCAAUUUGUGCAUUGCAAAAUUUUGUAAUGAGCAGUAGAACAAACAGGAGAGCUGUUGCAGACGCAGGUGGAAUUUUAAUGGUUCAAGAACUGCUUAUAGCCCCUAAUUCAGAAAUUGUAGUACAAGCAUCUCUGCUCGUAAGGUUUUUAUUCUCAAAUCACACGCUUCAAGAAUAUGUAUCAAACGAGCUUAUCAGAUCUUUGACAGCUGCACUUGAUAAGGAAUUGUGGAACAAGGCAACUGCUAGUGAGGAGAUUCUGCGGACCAUUCAUGUUAUAUUUUCUAAUUUUCCCAAGCUCCAUGUUACUGAUGCUGCUACACUUUGUAUCCCUCAUCUGGUGGCAGCAUUGAAGUCUGGUAGUGAGGCUGCACAGGAUUCAGUAUUGACUACACUAUGCUUACUCAAGCAAUCAUGGUCAACCAUGCCAAUGGAUGUGUCAAACUCACAAGCAAUGGUUGCAGCUGAAGCCAUUCCAGUAUUGCAGAUGCUAAUGAAGACUUGCCCACCAAGUUUCCAUGAUAGAGCAGACAGUCUGUUGCAUUGCUUACCAGGUUGUUUGACAGUCACAAUCAAGCGUGCAAACAAUUUAAAGCAGGUGAUGGGAGGAACUAAUGCUUUUUGUCAAUUGACUAUUGGAAAUGGUCCAUCACGGCAAACAAAGGUUGUGAGUCAUAGUACAUCACCAGAAUGGAAAGAAGGCUUCACAUGGGCUUUUGAUGUACCACCCAAGGGACAAAAGUUACAUAUCUUGUGCAAAAGCAAAAACACAUUUGGGAAGACCACUAUCGGGAGGGUAACAAUCCAAAUCGAUAAGGUUGUUAGUGAAGGCAUGUACAGUGGCCUUUUCAGCCUCAGCCAGGACAACAACAAGGAUGGCUCAUCACGGACUUUAGAGAUUGAGAUUAGCUGGUCCAGUAGGACUCAUAGCGAUAGUGAGUGAAGAGAAGCAAGACAUAAAUAACGCAAACUUGAGGACCCAAAGUCGGAGCUGAACCUGGUAAAGAACAAUCUCUUCAUACUCCAGCCUAAUGCAAGAGCUGUUGGGGUAAAGUCCAAGUUUUUUCAUAUCUAAAGCUCUGCUACCUGUGUUGUAACUAUAAAAAGUAGUAAGAUAUUUGCAAGUACAGAAAAGUUGAGAGAGGUUCCCAUGGUACAAGGUAAGUCUUACACCUAGCUUUUAAGCACCAAAUUGUACAGUUUCUGCAGUUCUUAGAAAUAUCAAUAUCAAAUAGAGUCAUGAAGAGAAAAACGAAUCCUGUUUAUUUCAAAUCCCAGUGGUGUAUUUGUAAUGCAAAGUAGCAACAAAUGCCAAAGGUGAUUGCUGUGCAGAAGGCCUGGCACAAUAAAGUUUAUUAGUUUUGCUUCAUUCUUUUCAAAUUUACUU